AGUCUCCUGUGAAGGCUGUUACUCCGGCUACCAAUGUCACUACUGCAGUAUAGAAGGUAUGGCUUUCUCAAUGGACGGGGGAAAUCUGCUUGGAAUGUUCUCAGAAACGGACGAGGAAAGUUGCCGAAAGAAGUGCGCAGAAGACGAAAAGUGCUCGUAUUAUACAAUUCAUUUGGCUGACAGAUACCUCAUGCCUAAUACGUGCACUUUGAUGUCGGCUUCUUCAAAACCCGAGGUCUGCAAGUCGUGUCGAACGGGUCCAAAAUCUUGUAACUUUUACGAAAAUUGUAAACCGAACGAAGCUGUUAUCAUGUCAGCUUCGAAUCUUUCGUCUUCUCAGAAAAUUGAAACAAACGAAACUAUCAAAAUCGAUACUAUGGGCUGCACGGUCAAAGCAAACUUGCUUGCAGUGGGAGGUGGUGGCACUGGUGGUAGAGACAGUUUCAGCUCCAGUGCCACGAGAUAUGGCGGUGGUGGCAGUGGCUUCUUGGACUACUCAAUUAUUUCUAUCCCUUUCACGAAACGGUUCUUCACUUACGUCGGCAAAGGCUGGGAGAAAGGCUCCGAUGCGUAUAGCAGAGAAAGCAGCUCAUAUACAUCCCAUCGUGUAUCAUAUUACGAUGAAUAUGCGGAUCAUUUCGCAGAACCUCAAGAGCAAAGUAAUCUCAAAUCCACUUCCAACUAUUAUGCUGGUCAGAACACGAUGGUUAUAAGUGAAGACGGGGAGGUCAUAGCUGAUGCAAAGGGUGGAGAAGGAGGUUACAGCACUGCGGGGGGCGAUGGGUUCAGUGGGGGAGGAUCUGAAGGGGGACAAUGCGGCGGCUCCAAUGGAGACAACGGGGGUAGCUCUAAUCAGGACAAGGGUGGAAAUGGCAGUGGAAUCGACAUCAGACGGGAUGUCCAGCCUUUGUUUCGAGAGUUUGAACUGGAACCGGCUCCGGGAGGUAGGGGAUCUACAAAAUCUUCAAGCAGGGUCGCCAGCGGAGGUGGAGGCGGAGGAGGUGUUUUUGUCAAUGGGAGAAGCUAUUCGUAUGGCCAAGGAGGUGACGGGUAUGACUCAUCCAGACCACCGCAUGGGAACUCAGGUGUCAUACUUUUCGAGAUACAGUUCUAGCGUUCUUUGAAUAUGUAACUGCCUCAUUGUGUUACAGAAUAUCUCAAAUUAAACUGACGAUCGUUUUCCAGAUACUUCAUUCAAUAACAGUUCUAAAAUGAUUCUUUAUCUUUGCUGUGAUUUAUUAUGCUCUCAAAUCGCUUGUAUUCUUUUCGAGGUAACAAUUUUGCCAAAUGUAAUCAAAUUAGCCAAAAAAUAACUGACUGUCUCACAUGCACAAUUAUAAUUUUGAAUUUAAA